CCGUUAAAUCUCAUCGAAGAAGAAUGAGGAAUACGAACACAUACAAUAUACGUUUACGUUUGAACGACCACAAAAACUAGUUUCAACUAAAGUUGCAUUUUUAGAGACCAGGGCCAUUAGAAAAUGUUUAAGAUUCAUGUCAUGAAGUGGAACUCCUCAAAACCAUCUGCCGCCUUUUCGGAAUGUAAAUAAUGUAACACUUCCUGUCUUGAAAGAAGUCGCGUGUUUUGAAACGUUUGCACUGACGAACCUACAUGUGGAUAUUUUCCAACGUCUUUGUAUCGCUACUACAGCUAAUGACCUAUGUAGUAGCCUCGUAUAAUUCAUAUGACGCAAUUUUAGUUUGAAAUACCGUUGUAAUUUAGUAAGUAGCAAUCUUGUUCCUCGCCUGACUAGAGGAAGCUAGCUACCGCCGGGUAAGUUAGUUCAGGAAGCGUUGGCUCGUGUCUCUGUAUCGAUUAAAACGUAAUUUGCCAUAGUAUAAAGCAAGCAAGCCAACGUUAUCCAAAAGGAAUUUGUUUUGCUGAGUUCAUUGACUUCCGUUAGUCGGUAAUAUUAAUUGAGCUACAAAAGAACGGUAGUAUCCGCUAACGUUAGCUAGUACGUAACUUAGUCAUCUAACAGAUAGUCCAACAUGGUCUUCUUCACGUGCAAUGCGUGUGGUGAAUCACUAAAGAAAGCCCAAGUAGAUAAACAUGUGAACAUGUGCCGUGGAUGUGAAAUUUUGUCAUGCAUUGACUGUGGAAAAGACUUUUGGUAAGUACUUGUGAAUGUUUUUUCUCUUCUUGCUAUGUUGGGUACAUCGCAGUUUGGUUGAUCACCAAAUCCAAAUCAAAUUGUAUUUACCACAUGCGCCGAAUACAACAGUUGUAGACCUUACAGUGAAAUGCUUACUUACAAGCCCUUAACCAACAAUUCAGUUUAAAGAAAAAUAAGUGUUAAAUAAAAAAUGGAUGAGUAAAAAAUAACAAAUAAUUAAAGAGCAGCAGUAAAAUAACAGCAGGGAGGCUAUAUACAGGGGGUACCGGUACAUAUGGAGUUUCGGUGAGUAACUAUCUACAUAUACUCCGGUUACGGCUGGUAUGUACUUUCAAAAAAGGUCUAAAUAAAAAUGUACAAGCUACCGAAAAGAAAUGCGUAUUUUGCACCUCAUUACUGCCACGUACAGGUCGGAGGUAUACAACAGCUCAAUACUUUGGGGCUGCCGAAGAGGCAAUUUGUCGGUUGCUUGUACAUUUUUAUUUAGACCUUAUUUGGAAGUACAUAAAACAUCAAAUUGUAUUCAUCACAUGCUUCGUAAAACACAGGUGUAGAGUAACGGUGAAACGCUUACUUACGGGCCCUUCCAAAAUAUGCAGAGAAAGAAAAUAGAAAUAAUAGAAAAGUAGUAACACGUAAUAAUAAAUAGACAAUGAGUAACGAUCACUUGGCUAUAUACACGGGGUAUCAAAUCAAGCUUUAUUUAUACAACAUUUCAGACAUGGAAUGCAACACAAUGUGCUUCACAGGAGAAAACUAAUAAAAAACAAUGAAAAUAAGAGCUGAAAUGUUUACUACACAACAAACUUAAGAUUUAAAAAAAACAACUGAACCUAAAAAGCAGUCUAAGGAAAAGCAAAGUUUUGGCCCCCCUCAGGUUCUCUGGCAGGCUAUUUGAGAGGCUGGGGGCAUAAUAAUUAAAUGAUGCCUUGCCAUGCCUCUUGGUCCUAGGCUUUGGGAUAGUUAAAAGACCAGUGCCAGAGGACCUGAGGGACCUACUGGGUAUAUAACUUAAAAGCAUGUCUGACAUGUAUUGGGUUGCACAAUAGUGGAUUGAUUUAAAAACCAAUAGAAUAAUCUUAAAAUUAAUUCACUGGCUGCUUGUGAGUUUGAAGAGACCUUAAAACUGGUGUAAUGUGUGCUCUCCGUCUGGUCUUGGUCAGUACCCAUGCUGCAGCAUUCUGUGUGUUUUGCAGUUGACCAAUGGCAUUCUUGGGUAGACCAGACAGGAGAGCGUUACAGUAGUCAAGCCUGCUUGUAAUAAAAGCAUAGAUAAGUCUCUGUAUUGGCCUGAGAGAGAAACGGCCGCACCGUGGCAGUGUUCCUCCGAUGGUAAAAAGCUAUUUUGGUCACAUUCCUAGUGUGUGAUUCGAAAUUUAAUUCAGAAUCUAAAAUAACACCUAGGUUUUUUACCAGGUGUUUUAUCUUUAUUUCCUGUGAAUUGAAAUGUGCGGCCAGAUUGUCUCUCUCUCCCUCUGCUUUGGUUCCAACAAUAAGUACCUCAGACUUGUCUUGAUUUAGCUGGAGGAAGUUGUGAGCCAUCCAAGUAAAUGUGUCUCAAUCCAAUUUGUCCACCAGUGUCGCAUUUCCGCAUCUGGAGUGAAAGGUGGCAGCGCUAGAGAGGUGUUUGUCAGACCAUGAGACAUCCCGAAAAUCGUUCUUCUCACUUAAACGUCUGAAGCGUCCGAAUGGUUUGACCUACAAACUAUUAUGACCACUCUCUAUGGAAAGGGGAGACUCUCACAAACACGGUGUGUCAAGGGACUCGUCUGAAGGUAACCGGUACUGGUUUAAAAAAACUAAUGGAAGUAUUGUGCCUACCCAAAAAAGAGGGUUAAAUAUGUGUAAAAAAAAAUGUAUUUGACACAUAUUUAACCCCAUUUUUGAAUGUCUUAUUCAAUGUGUUUCUAUGGGCUUUAGUAGUAAAUGCCUAAAUCAAUAUUUUAUCCCCCCAAAAAAAUACUUAGCCUAAAUAAGUUCAGUACACAUUUGCUUAACUCGCAUGAUAGGUUCCAUGGACUCACUCUGUGUGAAAUAAUAGUGUUUAACAUGACUUUUGAAUGACUACCUCCUCUCUGUACCCCAGACGUAUACAAUUAUCUGCAAGUCAGUCGAGCAGUGAAUUUCAAACACAGAUUCAACCACAAAGACCAGGCAGGUUUUCCAAUGCCUCGCAAAGAAGGGCACCUAUUGGUAGGUGGGUAAAAACAAAAAAAAGCAGACAUGGAAUAUCCUUGAGCAUGGUGAAGUUAUUAAUUACACUUUGGAUGGUGUAUCAAUAUACCCAGUCGCUACAAAGAUACGGGCUUCCUUCCUACUACCUCGGUUGCCAGAGAGGAAGGAAACCGCGCAGGGAUUUCACCAUGAGGCCAAUGGUGACUUUAAAAGUUACAAAGUUUAAUGGCUGUGAUGGGAGGAAACUGAGGAUGGAUCAUAACAUUGUAGUUACUCCACAAUACUAACCUAAAUGACAGAGUGAAAAGAAGGAAGCCUGUACAGAAUAAAAAAUAUUCCAAAACAGGCAUCCUGUCUGCAGCAAGGCACUAAAGUAAUACUCCCAAAAAUGUGGCAAAGCAAUUUACUUUUUGAAUACAACGUUUUAUGUUUAGAGCAAAUCCAAUAGAAGACAUGACUGAGUACCACUCUCCAUAUUUUCAAGCAUAGGGGUGGCAGUAUCAUGUUAUGGGUUUGCUUGUAAUCGUUAAGGACUGGGGAGUUUUUCAGGAUAAAAAAUAAACUGAAUGGUGUUAAGCACAGGCAAAAUUCUAGAGGAAAACCUGUUUGUCUCCUUUCCACCAGACACUGGGAGAUGAAUUCACCUUUCAGUAGGACAAUAACCUACUGUUACUUACCAAGAAGACAGUGAAUGUCCCUGAGUGGCAGAGUUCCAAAAGUUUUGACCUAAAUCUGCUGAAAAUCUAUGGCAAGACUUGAAAAUGUUAUUUUAAAAAUAAUAAUGGGCAAGUGUUGUACAAUCUAGGUGUGCAAAGCUCUGAGACUUACCCAGAAAGACACACAGCUGUAAUUGCUGCCAAUGGUGAUUCUAACAUGUAUUAACUCAGGGGUGUGAAUACAUGUAAAUGAGAUUUCUGUAUUUAAUUAAAUUACCAAACAUGUUUUCACUUUGUGAAUAUGGGGUUUUGUGUGUAGUUGGGUGAGGAAAAUAAUCAAUUGACUCCAUUUUGAAUUCAGGCUAUAACACAACAAAAUGUGUAAUAAGUCAAGGGGUAUGAAUACUUUCUGAAGGCACUGUAUAACUAGGAAUAAAGUGAUUAGGAAACAGGAUAGAUACCGACCGUAACUGCUUAGCGAAACUCCAUAUUUGGUGAUCAACACAUUUAUUUUGACAUAAUGCUUGCGGAGCUGUGCUUUUUGGGUGUUUGAGAUGUCUCUAACACACAGAUACUGGUUCAAGCCAACAUCACAUGUUGAGCAGGUAAAUUAUUCUGAUCGGUACCUAGCUAUUCUAUUUCUUCCUCCAACAGGGGAAAUGACUACAAGAACCACAUCAAAUGCAUCACUGAGGAUCAGAAGUAUGGAGGCAAAGGCUAUGAGGCUAAGUCCAACAAAGGGGAUGUCAAACAGCAACAAUGGAUUCAAGUGAGAAAUAGAUCAUCUGAUUUCCCUCUUUGUUUAUCAGCACUUUGUGUAGAUGAUUAAUGGAUGAGAUCUUUCCAUAGAGAAUCCAAGAAGCCAUGAACAAACCAGGAAUCAGUGCCAUGCUGAAAGAUGUUCUAAGUCAAGUCAGUUCAUAUGAUAACGUCCCACGAAAGAAGUCAAAGUUCCAGGUUGGUUAUUUCUAUUGUUGCUUAGGAUAUAUGAUGGUUCUUUCUCUAUUGUCAGUUGUACUUGACUUUGUGCUGGUCCAUAGUGUCAGUUUACUGCUAUUUUAUGCUUGGCUUGCUGAAGCGUUGCACAAAUGUUAAAUCACUAUUGUAAUAAUGCUGUCACAUGCUGCUCACUCCAUCAGAACUGGAUGAAGAACAGUCUGAAGAUCCACAAUCCCACGCUGCAUGACCAGGUGUGGGACAUCUUUUCAGCAGCAACCAGCAACGUGAGUAGGGUGUUAACAUAAUUAGGUCCAUUUAGCAAACGCUUUUAUCCCAAUUUUGACACUUGACACCGCUGGACAGAUGUCAAGUUAGUACUGUACACUGAGUUAACAAAACAUUAGGGACAGCUGCUCUUUCCAUGACAUAGACCAGGGUUUCCCAACCCUGUUCCUGGAGAGCUACCCUCCUGUAGGUUUUCACUCCAACCCCAGGUGUUACUAACCUGAUUAAUCUUAUCAACCUGCUAAUUAUUAGAAUCAGGUGUGCUAGAUUAGGGUUGGAGCAAAAACCUACAGGACGGUACCUCUCCAGGAACAGGGUUGGAGAGCCCUGACAUAGACUGACCAGGUGAAAGCUAUGAUUCCUUAUUGACGUCACUUGUUAAAUCCACUUCAAUCAGUGUAGAUGAAGGAGAGGAGACAUGUUAAAGAAGGAUUUUUAAGCCUUGAGACAGACUGUAUGUGUGCCAUUCAGAGGGUGAAUGGGCAAGACAAAAUAUUUAAGUGCCUUUGAACGGGAAUAUGGUAGUAGGUGCCAGGCGCACCAGUUUGUCAAGAACUGCAACGCUGCUGGUCUUUUUACACAAGUUUCCUGUGUGUAUCAAGAAUGGUCCACCACCCAAAGGACAUCCAGACAACUUUGGGAAGCAUUGGAGUCAACAUGGGCCAGCAUCCCUAUGGAACGCUUUCGACACCUUGCAGAGUCAAUGCCCCGACGAAUUGAGGUUGUUCUGAGGGCAAAAGGGGGUGCAACUCAAUAUUAGGAAGAUGUUCCUAAUGUUUUGUACACUCGGUGUAUAUGAUUUAUAAAACCGAAUCAAUGUGUAUUUUUACAAAUCAGGGUAACAUUGUUUCAAAUUAACUUUUGAUUUUAGCCAGCUCCCGAAGCCCCGAAACAGACAGAGGAACCCGGGAAGUCUGUUGCUGACAGCAAAAUCGAGUCUAAUGGGAGCCAUCAGAAUGGCACAUCGGAGGAGCCACCACCAGAGAAGAAAAAAUUGAACAAGCGGGAGCGCAAAGAGGCAAGACAAAAGAAGAGCGGGAAGAAAGAAAAAGCCCUGGAGAACGGUAGCACCGAGGAGGAAGCCAGUGCAGGCAAACGAAAGGACAAGAAAAGGAAGAGGAGUUCUGAGGAAGACGGGGAGCAAAAAGGCCAGGAUGCUGGAGGCGAGGUGACCACCAAGAAACGGAAGACAAGUAAAAAAGACUGUUCCGAAGGUAUAUAUUACACAUUUUCAGGGGGUUCUUUUCUCGAGUGAGUGUGCUUCUCCCGGUUGCUACUGUUCUCCUACUAUUGCUAAUGUAAAAUGUACUUGGCACAUUACAUUCUUUGAUUCAGUUUAUUUUUAUUCUACCUUCCAGAUGACCGAAACACAGAGGCGGCUGAGGAGGAGGCAGAGGGUGUUGCAGGUUCGAAAGGUACCAGUUCUUCUGAGAAUGUGUUCAUUGUCCUGCACAUUUUUCAUAGUAAGAAAAAACUUCAUCCCAAUUCACCACACUUUUUUCCCGAAGUGUGCGCUUGCACACCACACAUGCCUCUUUCGUGGAUUGAGAAGCAUUGGCUGGAGGGAGUUUUCAACUUCGUUAAAUCCAUGCCGAGAAGGGUGCACACUUCGGGAGAAGAGUGGAGAAUUGGGAUAUACAUUGGACUUAGUGCAUUACCUCUGGUUUUACAUUUUCUGAAUGAAGCCACCAGGGGACAGUGUUGACACGUUCCUCUGCUACAUAGUAGGCCUACGUAAAUGUGCUUUCAAAAAUAGUUAGAAACAGUGAUUAUUUGAUAUCCAACAAAAGCACCUUCAAUUUCAAAUUGUCCUGUAUGUAGUCAAAGACUCCAGCCACCCAACUCAUAGACUGUGCUCUCUACUACCGGAGCGCCAAGUCUGUGACCAAAAGGCACCUGAACAGCUUCUACCCCCAAGCCAUAAGACUGCUAAACAGUUAAUCAAAUGGCUACCCGGACAAUUUACAUUGACCUCCUCUAUUAUUUAUUCAUCUUAAUUGUUUUGCACGGACUCCCUUGCACUGGCUCUAUGCACACUCACUAGACUCUACCCACACACUCACACUGACACUCCAACACACACACUACAUACACUCACACACACAAAACACGCAUAUUGACGCCACACUCACACAUACACACUUUCACACGCUGCUGCUACUCUGUUUAUUAUAUAUCCUGAUUGCCUAGUCACUUUUACCCCUACACACAUGUAAAUACUGUACCUCAACUACCUCGUACCCCUGCACAUUGACUCGGUACUGGUACUCCUUGUAUAUAGCCUCGUUAUUGUUUUUAUUGUGUUCCUAUUUCCUUUUUUAUUUAGCAAAUAUUUGUAUUUUUAACUGCACUGUUGGGAAUGGGCUCCUAAGAAAGCAUUUCACUGUAAAGUCUACACCAUGUGACCAAUACAAUUUGAUUCGAGUUAGUCAUGAUCAACUAAUGCUCUUGUUUGACUUUCAGGCAAGUUCAAUUGGAAGGGAACGAUAAAGGCAGUCUUAAGACAAUCUCCUGAAGAAGGACUUGCAGUGAAAAAACUCAGGAAGAAGGUAUGUUCAUCUGAAUCAGACAUGUAUGAAUAUUGUGCAUCACACAGAUAGAGGUCAGCUUUUCUGGCAUCUCCCUUUUUAUUCUCACCUUUGAUCAAAUAUAGUUCAUACAUACUACUGGAACAGCAUGUUUUACAUUAUGCCCAUAGGGCUAGAAUAGUGAUAUGACAUGGUCAUGAUUGUAAUUGUCGCUGUUUUCAUUAAUGGCACCGUUUUUCCUUCCAGGUUUUGUCAGCUUACUACUCAUUCAGCGGAGAGAGAAAUUUCAAAUCAGAAGAGGAGCUGCUAGCACUCUUCAACAAGAAGAUUAAAGGCAACCCCAAGUUUAGAGAAUUGAAAGACAAAGUUAGACUUAUAAAGUAAAUCUUUCAUCAAUGUCAUGAAUUCCAGCAUGGCUGUUUUAGCAACUCACUGUCGUCCUCCAUGUUGUGCGUGUAAUUUUUGUAAAGACAAUUAAAUCAUCUUUAACACCAA